UCACGCAUUCCCAUCCCAUCCCUACAAACCCAACACCCCCAUACAAACCAUACUUUAUAAGUAAAACAAAAUUCUAAAUAGAUUUUUCUUUCUUGUCAGCUAUUUAAAGCAGUCAACACUAAUCUCCCUGGAGUCCUCUCCUCAACUCUUCACAGUUAAAAUUGACAAUUGAAAAUUCGGUUGGGAGUUGAGAUUUCAUCGAAGCAAGACAAAAUGCCGAUGAGUAGAUACGAGAUAAGAAACGAGUACAGCUUGGCCGAUCCGGACCUGUAUCGAGCCGCCGAUAAGGAUGAUCCAGAAGCUUUGCUUGAAGGCGUCGCCAUGGCUGGAUUAGUCGGCGUUCUUCGCCAGAUCGGCGACCUCGCUGAGUUUGCUGCAGAAAUUUUUCAUGAUCUACAUGAAGAAGUGAUGGCGACUGCUGCAAGAGGGCACGGCUUAAUGAUCAGAGUCCAACAGCUUGAGGCUGAGGUUCCUUCCAUUGAGAAAGCAUUUCUUUCACAGACAAACCAUUCCUCAUUCUUUUACAAUGCUGGUGUUGAUUGGCAUCCAAAUCUACGUAUGGACCAGAAUCUAGUAACUCAGGGAGAUUUACCUCGAUUUGUAAUGGAUUCCUAUGAAGAAUGUAGGGGUCCUCCGAGGCUAUUCCUCCUUGACAAGUUUGACGUUGCGGGUGCUGGAGCAUGUCUAAAACGGUACACCGAUCCUUCUUUUUUUAAAGUGGAAAACCCUGAAGUUACUGGUGCAGAUGUGCAGAGGGAGAAGAAGAUCCGCAAAGCAAAGAAGAAAGGGCCACGCUGGAGAAAUGGAGAAACCCCUGAAGUUUUACCUACAUCACAUGCCAAACUCCAUCAGCUUUUUCUUGAGGAGGCAGUUGACAAUGGUGUUAACAACUCUACACGUCGUGUGAAAUUAAAAAGGAGGCUGAAUGGAUUUCCAUUUGACACAAGAACUGGGAAGAGCUACAUGGAGAAAAUAUUGAAGACUCCUUCGCCAGAGCAUAAAAUGCUUCAAGCAAUCACUGUCAGUUCACCAUUGGAGUUGCCUGCAAAUGAUCACAAUGGAUCUGAUCUUAAGGUACUUGAUGUCAGAUCAGUUAGGCCUGCUACAGAGAACAUGGGGAGAAAAAGAAGUCCUCCACAACCAGAUAGAGUGGAAAUUAUGUCGAGUACAUCCAUGUAUGAGAUGAAUGAGCUUCCUGCAGAUGAUAAAAUCUGUGAUGCACCCAAUUCAUAUCUUAAUGUCGUAGCAGAUGGAAUCUCAUCUACUCUUGAUGAGGAGACUGGUCAGAAGGAUAUAGCUGUAGAUGGAGAGGGCAAAACAGAAGGCAGCUUAACUGGUUAUCAAUCUGAUGAUAUUGCCAGUGAGAUAGACAAUUAUGUGGAUGCACCUUCAACUAUUGAGUCAGAAUUGGAAACAGACUCUGAGCUCAGGGUGAAGAAAGAUUUUACCUCCUGCUAUAUUAGAAGUGAACUGUUGAUUUCUGAUACAAAUGAAGAACAUCUUCACACGCAGUCAUCAGAUUCCCAAUCAACUGGUGAUUCGACUAUAUCCGAUGAGGGAAGCAACCCAUCCAAAAAAGUUAUAGCUGGAGGUUUGUCUUCUGGUUCUCAGAGAAUCUCAGCUGAAAACCCACAAGUGGAAAAAUGUUCUGGUGAAGGAUUUCCAUCUUCUGAUAUCCCUGACAUUGCGAUACUCGAUGCAUCAUCUUACCAGAAAACUGCUUACGAAGAUUUUCCAGUAGCUCAACCUCCAAGACCUGUGGUUUCUGAUGGUACAUGCACUGGAAAAGUUGAAAUCACCAACCACAGGCCUAACUUUGAGCAGCUGACCUCUAAUUUCUGCAGUAAUGAUUCAACAUCCAUUUUUCCACAUUGUGAUUCAGAAGGCAGCAUGAGAGAAGAUAGGGCAACGGGAGCUAUGUCAAAUGAAGCAGCCUCAGUAGAGGACCAAGAAAUGGAAAAGAACCUGAUUAUGCAUUCCCCAAGUUCUCCCAGUGUCUCUGAUUCCAAAUCACAGUUAGGAGAUGAUUCUCCAGUAACCUUUUCUGGAGAACAUCUAGUGAAUGAGCCAGAUGGUGAAGAUGCACCCAGUGUUUCUACUGUCUCUGAUAUCCUCUCCGACUCCACGAAUGGUCCAGCUGCAGUAUCUGCUUAUUUGGUGCAUGAAGAUGACUCCAAUGUGGAGGAUGUUAACCAGGUUGAGAACAUCACUUCUGCAUUAAAUAUGUGCAAUGAUCUUUCUCGGAAUAGACAUGAUACUGCAGAGAUGAUUUCCGCUGAGAGACAAGUUCCAGGUAUUUUGGAUGAUGAGGUACUGAAGUUGCCUGAAAACUUUCCAUCUGAGAGUACUGAUAUGGAGCAUAACCAAGAGUAUAUUACAUCAAUGGUUUCCACUGGAGAAACACUGCACAAUGAUUUGGAUAAUAAGGAGUCGAAUGUUGUUUCUGAUGCUUCAAAUCAUUAUUCAUGCAUCAAUGAGGCAUCUUGUGGAAAGGAACUUGUGGAUUCAUCAUUUUCCAGUGGUGAAACUGUAGAUGCUGAAGACCAUUACUCUCAUAGCUCUGUUGACAAUCAGAUUACCUCAGACACAUUGAUUUUAUCACUUGUAGAAGACACUCCUGAUUGUCCUGAGGCAAGUCUUGAUGCUAAUGUCAGAGUUGUUAUUCUUGAAGAGCAGGCAACAAUUGAUGUAGUUCCUGAACCUGGAAUUCCCAGAUCUUGUGAAGUUGUGGGGUUGCAGGGCUCAGGGACAAUGGAUGAUGUUACAUGCAAUGAUUCUGUAGCUCUGGAAAGUUCAUGUUGUACUCCACAAAAUCUUGAAAACCUAACAGAUACACCGGCAACUGCAGAAAAAGACGGGAUCAACCAAUACAGGGGUGCCACUGGACUAGAAAUUACUGAAAUGUCUAGCUCUGCAGAUGUGAAAUCAUCGGAUGAGGUGCAUGUGGUGUUGGAUGAGGCUGGUUCCAGGACAUAUCAAUCAGAGAGUGCAGAGGCAGAGAUGGCUUCUUGUGUGCCUACAGGUUCUGAUGAUGCUAUUAUAGAGAACGAUAAUUUACCUAUGGGUCUCCAUAAAUUGGUCAAAGAGCAUAUUCCUUGCAUUGAGGAUUCAGGUCUGGAUGUGCUUGCGAAUGACAAGGAUAGUCUAUCAGGAAGUCAUAAUGAAUCUGGCUUAGUCGAAGAAGGCGAGAAUUCAAUAUCAGGUGGUCGUAAGGAGUCACGUUUGGUGGAGGAAGUGGGUGAAACAGAAUCUGUUACAUCAGAUUUGCACACAUACUUCUGCAACACAAUCAAUAAUGAUCAUCCCAAAUCAGAAGAACUAGAUACUGUUUCUAAUCCAUACGUGGACUCUGAAGUUGAGCACAAGUUCAGUUUUUUCGGUGCUACCCAGAUUCAGCCACAUACAGGGCAAAGUUUCAUGGAGUCAGACAAGGACUUUUUCCAGCAAACUGGUGUCAGAAAUCAAGUUUCUGACGCCCUGUCGUUACCUGUUGAUUAUGGCACUGAAGAAGUGAUGUUACUUGAAAUGAUUGAGUUACCACCUGAUCAACUUAAUCAAGAGUUGCUGGAUUCUGGUGAAAAGAGUUCAGAGUUGUCAUCUCUAUUGCCCAUCAAUCCCCAGCAAAUGCUAAGUCAUGAUGAUCUCAAAGGAGACAACAAUUCUACCUUCAUGUUUUCACUUGUUAACUGUCAGUCGUCAACAUUAGAGCUUCCGGGAGUAAGAAGCUAUGACAAUAAUAUCUCUGGGUAUCCCCAGGAUUUAGGUUCCACACUUCCCCCAACUAGUUUUUUCUCCGUAACAAAUCAGAUCAAUUUAGAUGAAUUACCUCCAUUGCCACCUCUCCCUCCAGUUCAGUGGAGGAUGGGAAAGCUUCAGCAUGCCUCGGCUACCACAGAGGGAGAGAAUGUGGAACACAAGGAAUUACCCUCAGAAGAUAUCUCCUCAAGUAUCCCAUCCACUGAUGAUCUUAGUUCUCCAUUUCAAGUGAUGAAUCACACUCUGACGCACAAGCAAUUACCCCCAGAAGAAAUCUCCUCAAGUUCAGCAUCCACUGACAUUGUUAGUUCUUCACUUGAAGAGAUGAACUUCUCUCUGAAACACAAGGAAUUACCCUCACAAGAGAUCUCCUCAAGUACUGCAUCCACUGAAAACUUUAGUUCUUCACUUCAAGAGAUUGACCACUCUCUGAAACACAAGGAAUUACCCCCACAAGGAGUCGCCUCGAGUACCACGUCCACUGACGAUGUUAGUUCUUCACUUCAAGAGAUGAACCACUCUCUGAUUCAGAUUGUCCCCGAAACCACAUCAAAAGAAGUGAAGGCUGAGCACUCUUCUAUUUCGGAGGCUAACUCCAUACAUGAGACAAUCGACCUCCAACCAAGGACAGAAAAUGACCAGAAACAGCUUGUCGUGCCUACUUUGGAGAGUGUAGUUACACCACCAGCUGAGGAAGAUGGAGUUGCAAAUGGGAUUCGAAUGGUGAAGCUGCCCCGGCCUCGCAAUCCUCUCGUUGAUGAUCUUGCUGCUCUUGAUAAGAGCAAACUACGGAAAGUUACAGAACGAGUUAGACCUCAACUACAGAAGGUAGAUGAAAGAGAUUCACUUUUGGAGCAAAUAAGGGCCAAGUCCUUCAACUUGAAACCUGCAGUCACAACAAGGCCUAGCAUUCAGGGUCCUAAAACCAACCUUAAACUUGCUGCAAUUUUGGAAAAAGCAAAUGCAAUUCGCCAGGCCUUGGCUGGUAGUGAUGAAGAUGAAGAAGAUAAUUGGAGUGACUCGUGAAAAUCAUCAGUGGCUAUAUUUCAUAAAGCAUUCUGUAGAUGAGCAGAAGGUGAUUUGUUGUACCUUCCUCUACCAUGAACUAUAAACUCAUGUCUUGAUCCUUGGGUCCAUUGUUUCCAAUCCCCUCGUGCUCUCUGAAGAAGCCAAUUAUGGAUGUCGUUUCCAGCCAACAGUGACAGGUGGGUGUAAAUAUGUUUGAUGCACGGACAAUGCAAGGCUCAAGCUUGUAUGAUUCAAUUUGUAUGUAUAUGUUUGAGGGUAAAUACUUACAUUGUUUUCCGCUUAUCAUAAGAUGUAUUUUUGCACCAAGUACAAGAAGAAAAUAGUAAUUGUCGAAACUAGUUACAUUUCACAUUCACAUAAAUUGUAUGGAACUGAAAUUCACUGGUUGAUUUAUUGAUGAAAUCUGGUAAAGUUGGAGAUGAUGUGAA